CGAAACCAAACAAGCAGUGCCCACUCGCCCACGCCACAGGAAACUCAUGGCCAGCGCUCUCGGCGCCGUCACCGCUCGCCCCCACCUGCACCCCGCCCUCGCCCUCGCGCUCCCCGCAGCCACCGCAAGAAAGUUCCUCCUCCGCUCCAGGGCCGCCUCCACCAUGGACGAGGCUUCGGCGAACUCGCCGGACUCCGAGAAGAAGACGACGACCGUCUUCGUGGCCGGCUCGACGGGGCGCACCGGCAAGCGCGUCGUGGAGAAGCUGCUCGCGAAAGGAUUCGGCGUCGUCGCCGGGACCACGGACUUGCAGAGGGCACGCGGCAGCCUGCCCCUGGACCCCAACCUUCAACUCGUCACAGCUGAUGUGACGGAAGGCGCCGACAAGCUGGUGGAGGCUGUGCGCGGUGUCGACGCCGUCGUCUGCGCGACGGGGUUCCGGCGGUCCUUCGACCCUUUUGCUCCGUGGAAGGUAGACAACUUUGGCACGGUGAACCUGGUUGAAGCAUGCCGAAAAGCAGGUGUCACGAGAUUCAUUCUCGUCAGCUCCAUUUUAGUAAAUGGUGCAGCUAUGGGUCAACUUCUUAAUCCAGCCUACAUUGUGCUCAACCUGCUUGGGUUAACACUGGUUGCAAAGCUUCAGGCAGAGAACCACAUCAGGAGAUCAGGAAUAAAUUACACCAUUGUAAGGCCUGGAGGGCUGACAGAUCAACCACCAACCGGGAAUAUAGUCAUGGAGCCAGAGGACACUCUUUAUUCGGGAUCCAUAUCUAGGGACCAGGUUGCUGACGUAGCCGUGGAAGCAUUGUUGUGUCCAGAAUCUUCGUACAAAGUCGUUGAGAUUGUUGCCCGAGCUGAUGCCCCAAAUCGCCCUCUGCAGGAUAUGUUUGCAGCAAUUAAGCAAACUUGACGACUCCAUCACAUCAGUUAGGUAGAAAAUGGAUUUGUGCUCAAUCUAGAUUAUAAACAAAUUUGUGCAUAUGUACUCUUCAAGAGUAUUAUUUUCAUUGCCUGUAUUACAAACUAAUCACUUGAUAGUAUGAGGCCAUUAUAAGAGUCACGAAUUUGUUUGUAA